UUUAGCUCUAAGAUAUUGGUCAAACUGGACAUACACAAAUGGCGAAAAUUGAAUCGUAUCAGGGUUUCAAAGCUUUUCGAGUAAAAUUCAAUGCGGAGAGUACUACACAACAUUGGUUAUAUUAUAAGGAACAUUCGGUGCGAGAAAAGAAUGCCAGUAAACCCUCUAACCGGACCCUCUUCGUCGUAAAUGUACCUCCGUAUUGUAAUGAGGAUUGCUUUAGGCGAAUCUUCAGUUCAUGUGGACCAGUGGCAUCAAUAUUCUUUCAUCAGAAGCCAUCAGCAGGCACAGCUCCUCUUGAGGAAUCACAUUUUUUUCCAAAAUACCCACGAAUUAAGGGAUUCAAGGUUGCAUAUGUGGUGUUUGAAGAUAACAGGGGGCUUCAGAAUGCUUUGAAAUUGGAAAAGAAUAUGGAACCAAUAAUUUUAUGCACUGAUGAGACACCCAUUACCUGUGGAAUACAAAAAUGGUGCCAAGAAUACAACAACAGAAUACCAGAUAUCAGUCUUUUACAGAAAGAUAUUGAUACUUUUAUGGAAAAAUUUGACAGUGAAGCCAGCAGAAAGGCUCUGAAGGAAAAGGAAGCAAUGCAAGAAGAUGAUGAGGGCUGGACCACUGUCACAAAGAGAGGGAGAAAGCCUGGAUUUGCUCGUAAGGAGAGUGUUGAAAAGAAAAUAAUGGGGAAAGAAAAGCUACGAAGAUCAAAGAAGGAACUGCAAAAUUUCUACAGAUUCCAAAUACGAGAGUCCAAAAUGAAGCAUUUAGUAAAUCUGCGGAAAAAAUUUGAAGAAGACAAAAGAAAGUUGGCACUGUUAAAAAAAUCAAGAAGAUUUAAGCCAUUCUGAAUGAAAGCUUUUCUAUGUGUACUGUAAUAGUGUUACAUUCUGAAAAUUUUAUUAUACAAAUGUAAGACUAUGCAUUGCACAUAAAUUUUCAGCUAACACUUUGCCAUCUUAAUGUGUUUCUUAUUAAUAUCACAUGAUAAAAAUUUUAACAAAAGUCACCUGUAAAACAUUAAUAAAGCUAAAAACUGUUUAUGUACCACAUAAAUGGGCCUAAUUACUGUGAAAGCCCCAGUUCAUGUUCAUAGAUUUAAGGUCUUCCCUUAUUUAUUGUCCAAUUUCAAUGAUCACUCCUCCAUUUAAAAAUUUCCGUCAGCUUAGUGUUCAUAUCCAAUGCUGCAAAAAGACGCCUCAAUGGCAGUUUCACUGUAAAAGUGUGCUACAUUUGUUCACAGUUGCCUUGUUACUUUUAACAUCAGCGUUCCUUCCAUACCAUGUUUUCUGAAAAGCAGUAUAGUGAAAAUGUCUGCACAUGUGCACUUAUCUUGCUGCUUUAUAGCAUUCGAUACUAUGCACAAACAUACACACAGAUUCAAACAGUCUGAUAGAAUCUCAUCACAGUAUAUGGUGCAGUACUUGGCUUCAGCAUAUGUAGUCAGUGC